UUUGUAGUCACCCCGGCAGAAAGGAGCUGGAAGGAAAGGUCUGAGAAAGGAUGUGGAGAGAUUCCCACAUUAGAGAGAGUUUCUUCCCACAUAGAAGGACGAGGCAAGAGGAAAACAUGAAGGCAUUGGCAGGAAAGUCUUGCUUGCCAAAAAAGAAAAGGAAGGUCUGCAAGUGCUGGCUGGGGGCUCAGCUGGAGCCUCCCAGCAGCUUCAAGGGCUUGCUUCCACUUUUUUUUUUCCAAACCACAGUUUGCAAAUGGUUCUUUGUCAACUUCCCCUCGGCCAAGCAGUACUUCAGCCAGUUCAAGCACAUGGAGGACCCCUUGGAGAUGGAGAGGAGCUUGCAGCUGCGUAAGCAUGCUCGGAGGGUCAUGGGUGCCAUUAACACUGUGGUGGAGAACAUCAAUGACUCCGAAAAGGUCUCCUCUGUUCUGGCCUUGGUGGGCAAGGCUCAUGCCCUCAAGUACAAAGUGGAGCCCAUCUACUUCAAGAAACUCACCGGUGUCAUGCUGGAGGUCAUUGCUGAAGAAUAUGCCAACGACUUCACCCCGGAGGCUCAAGGAGCCUGGACCAAGAUGAGGACCCUCAUCUACACCCAUGUGACGGCGGCAUACAAGGAGGUGGCCUGGGCGCAGUACCCUACUGCCACCCUGUGAGCGGCCAGCGGGGCCAGGCGAGGGGCAGGGAGGGCUUUGCUCGCUCCAGGACUUCACUCUGGUCUCUUCUCAAGAUCUUCGCUCAGUCUGGGGAGCCCGGUAGGGCCAGCUCUGUUAGCUGCCACGUCACAAUUUGAUCUCCACGGGGUGUUAAAACAAACUAAAUCAGCCAAACCGGUAGAACCACGAAGGGUGUGGGUGGGUCGGGGUGAAGCAAUCGCAGCAGGGGAUGCUGGAAGGGGAUGCAGAGCAAGGGGAGAGUGAUGGCUGUUGGCUCCAUCUUACUGUCCUGGCCCUUCCCUCACCACUCCCCAAAUCCUGCAGCUUGCUUGCACCAUUUGGAAGUCCCUUGCACAAGCUCUGCUGGCAGCAGUGAGGUGCAGCCCCACUCGCUGUCGGACCACACGACCCUCGAUUUCCAUGCUAAACCCCUGGGUCAACCCAGCCCCUUGGUUUUGGGGACACCACACUUCUGGGGACUGUCAGUUGCCUGCCUGGCACUUUGCUUUGCACUUUCUUUACUCCACAGGAAGGGUGGCAGGGCUGGUGGCUGCCACCAGAGCUGCCCUUGGUUGUCUGGUUGUCCACCAGCCUGCACCGCGGGCUGGCAGCAGCCCUCACCUCUCCUGUCGGUCCCUCUCCUUGGCUGGCUGCUGCAAACCCUCCCGGGGCUGGAGGAAGUGAGGGGGUGAGAGAGCUGUGCCCACUGCAGCAUGAGAGAGUGGGGAAGGAGAAGGGAGGGAGGGGGGGCUUUGGGCUGCCUUUCCUCGUGGCUCAGAGCAUGGUGUGUGGGUGGGAUCCCUGUGCCAGAGGCAGGAUGCUGUGAGCCCACUUGCUUCCCUUCAGCUCCAUGGGAAAGAGGAAUGUGCAUGAGGAUGGGCUCGUGUGGCACACAUUGUGCCAUUGCCCAGAGAGCUGGCAUGUGCCAGUCUGUCCAGCAGCCAGUGCAGGGAGGUAGGGCUGGGGUGGCUCUGCCGUGGUUGGUGAGAAGGGAGGCUCAGGCUGCAGCCACGAGGGGAAGGAUGAGGUGAACCUAGCAGUAGGGAUGCCUGGGUGUGAAGGAAGGUCCCCGUUCUGUUACACAGAUGACUCCUUACACAGAACAUCUUCCCCCUCCUGGUGGAACUGGGCUUCUUCAAACAAAGUGCCAGGUAGAAUCAGCCCGAGCAGGAGCUAGGUUCCUCCUGGGGGCUGGCAGAGCUCCCACCCACACCUAGCAAAGGGCUCUCCCCCUGAGAAUGAGAUGUGGCUGCAGGGCUCAGCACUCAUCCUGCUUCCAACUCCUCCUGAAGCUGUGGGUGAGUCUGUUUGCUUCCUGCCUCAGUUUCCCCUUCGGUCCAAAUGGGAGAAGGAGCAGCCCCGUGGCCUCCUGCACGUGUGAGCCUGGAUUUAGAUGAUGAUGCUCUGGGGACCGAGUCCCAAAGGACUGGGGAUGAAGCAUCAGAUGUGCAGGGAAGCUUUGGGACCCUUGUCACCCUGUAUUUCUCCAAAUGUCUGCUAUUUCUAGAGCUUCAGCCUUAAGGGCAGUGUUAGAUGUGGAAGUGGGAGAGGGAUUACCUUCUGGACUCCCUCUGGCCUCACUCCAUCAGUGUCCUGGAGAGCCAGGGCUUCCCGAGGGAGCCCAGCUCCUCUCCUGGUUGUUGGCUUGACAGGCAAUGAGCCCAUGGUCCUGGGAUGGGGUCCCCACAGCCAUCUUGAGGAUGUCACUCAUCCUGCCACAGGGAAAGCAUUGAAGGAGACAGCAGUAACUCUCCCUGGGGCUCCUCUGGAGCAGCCAGCCAGAAGCUCUUGCCUUGCUUGCCUCCAUCCAGCUAAUCUGUGCUUUUAACCAUUCCCAGGGAAAAAUGUGUUUUCCUGGUCCUGGUGUUUUGCUUCUUUGCCCCCCAGCCUUGGCACUGCUUGGUAGGAGGGUGGCCAGCACUGAGUGCCCACUCCCAGGAAAGGUCUUGGUGGGAUUUUUCCCUUUCCUUCUCCUGCUUAGAAGCCCACCCAGAGGGGCAAACUCCCAGUCCUGCCCUCUGCAUUGCCCAUGCCAUGGCACUGUCACAGCCCAUGCCUGGGCAGUGACUCCCUUGUCCAGUGCUCAAAGCAGCAGGGGAGGUUUACUUGAGGAAAAACCUCUUCUGCUCCUCUGGACUCUGUUAGAAGCAGCCAGGACUUUGUACCACUGUCCAGUGCCUUGGCUCUGGGCAGAAAGGGCUUUGGGAAGCUCUCUAAACCUCUUGUGUGUGUUCCUCAGCUCUCCCUCGUCUUCCUGCAGAGCCUAGGACCAGGAAUAGUCCCAAAAUAGCCCCAGGAUUUCACUAGUGCCACUGCAGCUGCCCUCUUUGGCUUUGCAGUUCUUUCCUUUCUAUGUCCCACCGUAAAACAGGUGGAGAGGAGUGACAGAGCUAGGAGCAAUGGCACGUCCUGGGCAUACACAGAUUGUUGGGAGGGGAUAGUUGCUCGGGCACAGCUGUCCUUGGCAGCGUGCAAGGUCACAGGCUUCGUGAAAGGAAGGGAUGGGCUCAGAGUGAUAAGUGAUGCUGGUGAGGUGGGGUGUCAGAGUCAGCACCCCUGAAAUCCAGCUACCAGCCUGCAGCAGAGAAGGUGCCAGCAGCUGGCGCCUCUGGCUCACAUCUCAUGUCAGAGCAGCUGCUCACCCUUUGCAGAGCUGGCAGAGGCAGCUGCUGGCCAGGGUCAGGAUUAGGGCGAGAAAGGACCUGUCCAAUCAUUGACUUUGCUCCAGUGCAAGGCUGGAGAGGGACCACUGGGGGCACAGCUCCAGCGAUCACUGCCAGAGCCCUGCAUGGCUGUGCUGAGUUGCUGGAGUGCCCCUGCUCUGCAGGUGCUGGGCCGGGGAUGCUUCCAUACUGGGAUGGUUCAUCCUCAGACAAACUUCACACAUUAACCUCAGAGCUUAGCCUCCUCCAGGUGGGAAUUUUGUCAGUGCAAAUUCUUCCUCUCCCUUCCCACAACCCAAAAUUAGGCUCAGUUGAGGUCAUCAGGGAAGUAAUUUUUGGGGUGGCCAAUCAGUUAUAUAGGCAACCCAAUGGAGUGCCUUGGCUUUGGGGGAGCAGCAGCAAGGGGUUGUAUGUGUGUCUGUGUCCAUCCCUCCUCUAACUCACCUUUGAACUGGGCUUGGAAUUUUUUUUUUCUUGGUGUGUUUGGUGUUUUUUUUCCCCAUUUCCUCUGUUGUUUUUAUUAGGCUUAGAAAAAGCUGCCCCCCAGCCUCGUGCACCCACGCCUGUGUGUGCUGGGCUUGGCAGCAGCAUCAUCUUCCUUUUGCUUUACCCAAACCAAAUCCAGAUGUGUGCAGCUGCUGUCCCUCCAGGAGCUCCUCCCCAACCCCUACAACAGCCACAUUUGCUGGCCAGUCAAAUAUAUGCAAGCAAAAAAAAAAAGCCCACCAACCCAACCCCAACCCAUGUUUGUUUUUAGCAGCUCUGUAGGACGUGAGAUGAAGCAGGGAGGGUGGCCAGGGCAGAGCUCAUGGGGGGAAGAGACGGAGCCGAAGCGAACGCCCCCUCUUCAUUGCUUGCAGCACAACAGCCAUGGCUUAAAGUGGGGGAAAUUCUCAUCUGGGGAGGGAUGAAAACCAACAACAAAAGGUAAAACUACAAUUCUAGAGUGCUAGGGCUGAGAAAUGCCACGUGGAUGGAAGAGUCCUGCCUCUGAGCAGGGCUCUCUCCGGUGCGAGCACACACACAGGUGCAUGUAUCUGCAAUGGUGAUGCCUGUUAUUGGAGCUCCUUUGGUGUGUGUCCCCCUCCUCCCAGACCCACCACAGACAGAUGGGGACCCCUUUAGCCCCCAUUGCCUCCAGGCCCUGCUCACUAGGGCUCCACCUCACCACCUGGCAUGCCUAGUCCUGAGAUAAGGGUGGUGGCCGUGUGCUCUUUGGGCUCAUCUUUGCUCUCCUUGGGGGUGGUAGGUAGGGACCAGCUGGCAGGAUUCUCCCAAAAUUCAUGGGUCAGAAGCUGGGAGCUCAGGUAGGUCAUGGCACUGGCACAUGCUGGGGAUCAGCUAGUCUCUCCCCUCCCCUGGGGAACCACCCAUGUCCCCUAGCCCCAUUUGCCUUCCCCUCAAGAGGCUUCCAGGCUGCUGCUCACUCUGCUCCUCUCUGAUGGCUGUGCCAUUGUGGUUGCCCUGUACCAGUCAGGUCAGCUUAGCCUAGAUCCUGGAACCAGGGCAGGAUCUGUCCCCUGGCUCAGCCAGUACCUCUGUACUAGCAUCAGGGUUGGGAAAGUCCUUUCCUCCCUGCCAGCAGCAGAUGAAUAGUGAGUGAUGAGGGGCAUCUGGUAUCCCUGGGGCAAGGUUCCUCCUUGAGUACCUUGUCCUGGCUCUUUCUGGGGACAUCCAUUCCUAUUCAUCAGCUUGUGUCCUCUCACCCCAAGUUCUGUCUUUGGCCAGAGGAAGCUCAUUGCUUAAGGCAUCAGGAAGCACUGGGUUGGGACAGGACACAGAUCCUGUCCCCUCCGCCUAUGGCCAACACCCGUGGCAGUUAUAGCCACUCAGCCAGUUCAAGAGAUACCCCAGCAUCACCACAGCCAGAGGGCCAGGGAACCCUUAAGAACCUCGUGCCACCACCUUCACCUUCUCCUAUGGUGAGACACAUCCCUGGGGCAGCCAAGCCACAGGCUCUCCUCGGGGAAUGCCCUUGCAUCUCUGCCAGCUUCCUCCAGUUUGCCCUAGUAAAGGAGAUCCUAGCAUCUCCCCACCCUCUCGGGGGACUUCAGUGGGGACCAGAUUUGGGCUGGCUGGACCAGAGCUCAGCCUUCCCUGCCCUUUGCUGUGGGGAAGCUGCUGUGACCAGCACCAGCCCUGCCAGGCAGAUGGGUGGAAGGGGAACCCAGGAGCUAACCUUGGACCAACUCACAUCAAGGGAGGGCUAAAACUACCUGGGGCUGACCUAUUUAACAGACUGCGACGCUGACUCUUUUUCCAUAGCUGAAGCUGUCUCUAAUCGUUGGUAUGUCUUAACCAGUCCCACCACGACCCCCAGAUGGGAUCUGGUGAGGUCUGAUGUAGCUCCAUGUCUUUCCUGUUAACUGCAGAUCCUGUUCCUGUUGGUGUUUCUCAGCGCUUCCGUGCUGGUUUUCCCACAUGCCGUUCCGUGUACGAUGAGUGUAACUCGUUUGGUUUUUGGGUUCCCUUUGUUCUUUUUGUAGGUUUUUAGUAUGUUUGUAACCAGACAAAAUGGUGUUAUUAAACCCAACAGUUGUAUCUUCAGUGGAUAAACCAAUCGAACCCAC